GGCAAGGUCACAGAGUGAUGUCAUGGUCAUGUGACUGCUGCCUGUACUCAUUCCCUCUGCUUCCCUGGUAUUAACAGUCUGAAACGCAAAUUGUGCAACCUGCCUCCAGCUCACCGGCACGGAGACCUGAGCAGAAAAAUUUUGUCCCGAUGGCUGACUCUACUCCACUCCUCUCCCCGGACUGGGACCCCGCGGCCGCAGAAGCCUUGCUUCGGGACGUGUUUGGGAUUGUUGUGGAUGAAGUCGUUUGGAAAGGGACCAGUGCCUCUGAGAAGGUCUGUGAGUGGAAGGAGCCGGAGGAGCUGAGGCAGCUGCUGGACUUGGAGCUGCGGAGCCAGGGGGAGUCGAAGGAGCAGAUCCUGGCGCGGUGCCGGGCUGUGAUCCGCUACAGCGUGAAGACCUGUCACCCUCACUUCUUCAACCAGCUCUUCUCAGGCUUGGAUCCCCAUGCUCUGGCCGGGCGUAUUGUCACCGAGAGCCUCAACACCAGCCAGUACACGUAUGAAAUCGCCCCCGUGUUUGUCCUCAUGGAAGAAGAGGUGCUGACAAAGCUCCGGGCGCUGGUGGGCUGGAGCUCUGGGGACGGGGUCUUCUGCCCUGGCGGCUCUAUCUCCAACAUGUAUGCCGUGAACCUGGCCCGCUAUCAGCGCUAUCCCGACUGCAAGCAGAGGGGCGUCCGGGCACUGCCGCCCCUGGCCCUCUUCACAACGAAGGAGUGUCACUACUCCUUCAAAAAAGGAGCUGCUUUCCUGGGACUUGGCACCGACAGUGUCCGAGUGGUCGAGGCAGAUGAGAGAGGGAAGAUGAUCCCUGAGGAUCUGGAGAGGCAGAUCAGUCUGGCCGAAGCUGAGGGUGCUGUGCCGUUCCUGGUCGUUGCCACCUCUGGGACUACUGUUCUGGGGGCCUUCGACCCCCUGGAAGCAAUUGCCGACUUGUGCCAGCGUCGCGGACUGUGGCUGCACGUGGACGCCGCCUGGGGUGGAAGCGUCCUGCUGUCACAGACGCAUAGACAUCUUCUGGAUGGGAUCCAGAGGGCUGACUCGGUGGCCUGGAACCCCCACAAGCUCCUCGUAGCAGGCCUGCAGUGCUCAGCUCUUCUCCUCCGUGACACCACGAACCUGCUCAAGCGCUGCCACGGGUCGCAGGCCAGCUACCUCUUCCAGCAGGACAAGUUCUACGACGUGGCCCUGGACACGGGAGACAAGGUGGUGCAGUGCGGCCGCCGUGUGGACUGUCUGAAGCUGUGGCUCAUGUGGAAGGCACAGGGCGGGCAGGGGCUGGAGCGGCGUGUCAACCAGGCCUUCGCCCUUGCCCGAUACCUGGUGGAGGAGAUGAAGAAGCGGGAAGGAUUUGAGUUGGUCAUGGAGCCGGAGUUUGUCAACGUGUGUUUCUGGUUUGUGCCUCCCAGCCUGCGGGGCAAGCAGGAGAGUCUGGAUUACAGCGAAAGGCUGGCUAAGGUGGCCCCGGUCCUCAAGGAGCGCAUGGUGAAGGAGGGCUCCAUGAUGAUCAGCUACCAGCCCCACGGGACCCGGGGCAACUUUUUCCGCCUGAUCGUGGCCAACCCGGCCCUGACCCAGGCCGACAUGGACUUCCUCCUCAAUGAGCUGGAACGGCUUGGCCAGGACCUCUGAGUCUCCUCUUCUCCGCCGGCCUUCGCACCUCCUUCCCCCCGCUGGCUCUGUAGUCCCUCCCUGUGUUCUCAGGACCCAUCUUUUUAGGAAACAGCAGCCUGUUUAUGUCCUUUGGCCUACUAACUCUCCUAUUCAAUAUCUGACAUUAGGAGAAUGUUUAAUGAACUGUAGUAUAUUCCUAUGAUGGAAUGUUAGGCUGCUUUUAGAAUUACGUUUACAAAAAGGGUGUUUAGUGAUACGAGAAAAAUAAUUUUAAUAUAAUGUUGAAAAAUCUGG